AUGUCAGACACACAAACACCAGAGCCGCGAGCGCUGCGGUCCAGCGUGCGCAAUCCUCGAAGACGACCCCGACAGAGCGAUCCGGACAGCCUUAAGACGGCACCCCGACGCAAGCGGAGUAAGCUCAACGAGGACACGUUCGCACCGCCACGGACCCAGGAGGAAGAAGUGGUCAAUGGAUCGAUUGAAGUCGCGCCGGCGAUGAACGGGGACAACGUUCGCCAGCCGAGCACGAGCAGGCUUCGAGAGGUGUCUAGGGAGGAGAGCGUCCAUCAUCACGAGAAGGAGAUACCCACGAGGCUGAAGAAGAGCAGUGUGAAGAGAUCGACGCGUGGCGAUGGCGCGACGGUGCUUACGCAGAAUGAGCGAUACUCAGUCAAGCUGCUUCCCAGCACACCCAAGGAGCUGAGGCGGGCGGACGUGGAGUACAGGGGCAGCCUGGGCGCGGCGCAUCAUGCGCUGGCUGUCACGCGCGAGCGAGCGUACAUCUGGGACUACACAUCGCAUGUACCGGUCAGCAGCCCGAGGACAUUCGACAUUCCUUUUCCCGUCAGAUCAACAGACGCGCUGCCCCUCGGCGCGCUCGUCGCGGCCGGCAACAGUACGGACAUUGGACUGGUACUGGUCUCCGCAACUACCGGCAAAGUUGUGUACUACGACUCCAUCGAGCGCGCUGCUUCCUUGAGCCUCUUCCAGGAACGCAAAUCUGGCGUGGAAGGCUCUCUUGGCAGCCUGUUCUCUGGUGAAGCGGUCACCGAAAUCGUCUCCGCUGACCACGCUGGCUUCAUCAUCGUCCUCAGCUCCGGCAGACUGGUCCACUUGACCUUGCGAGAUGCACAGGGCAAAGCUAGAGUCUUCGCCCAGUUUCUUCGAGCGACCGAGCAUGGAUCAGGCGGGUUCUUUGGCAGUAUCAGGGGUAUGAUUACGGGUGGUUCUUGGAGGAGAGAUGUCAGUGCAGUGCACACUCGGUCGUUGGGGCCCAGAGGACCGAUGCAGGCGAUAUCACUCACGGAAAGAGCUGAAUUACAAAUGUGGAACCUGGGAUGGGCGGGCCAGUACAACUUCAACGGCACGAUUGAUUGCAGGGAGGUCAUCUUGGAAGAGCUCAGGAAGCUAGGGUCUCCUGAGUCUGGUGGACAGGCGGAGGGUAUGACGAUGCUGGAUUUCGCGCUGAUGGAGAGGCAAUCGAACGGCAAAGAAGCCGCGACACCCGGCGCUGAGAAACCCAUCGAAAUGGUCGUGCUGGUGCAGAAUGGCACUUCAGACAACUGCAGCUAUGUCCUUGCUGAGCUGUCGAUAGCCGCCAUUCGAGCCACUGUCAGUCGGACCGUCGAGCUGGAAUCCUAUCGCCAGCGCGCUGGACAUGAUGCGUCUUCGAAACCGCGGCUGUUCGUUCCCAGGCCACAGCAUACCGCCUUCGUCACAUUUGGAGAUGCUAUCCUGGUAGCCGAGCUCGAAGGACCCGAUUUGGACGGACCCGAAGCGCAGUUGCAUGCUUCGUAUGUGGAGACAGUCUUUGAAGAUACGAUCUACCUCAAGCAGUCGCCACGAUUCGAAAUUCUAGGUGCCGCCGAAGAAGACGGGACCCACCGCGCAUCAAGCAUUGCAUUUGUCCAGGGCGCUGGAUUGGUGCGCACAAGUGUCGCAGAACCGUCAUCAGUGCCUCGGAUGGCAACAGUCCCAGUCAGAAACAGGAUCGAACAAGCUGUCUUCCGUGACGCAUUGCAAGACGGCAACAUCAUCGACUUCUCACGAGUCAGCGACGCGCGAUACUCCCCUGAUGAGGUUGAGCACGCUGCUUUGCGCAUAAGCGACGAAAUCUUGAGCUCAACUUCGUCCUUCGUCUCGACAAACCCGACAUCGAUCGAGACGCAACUUGCUUACAAGGCACAAGGACUCAGAGCACUCGUCAACCACGUCCGGCGGAAUUAUCCAGCUCUAUCGAACGCGAUCUUUUGGCAGCUCCUCUGGGACGCUGAGAAGGUGGCAGCUGCGCAGCAGAUGUGGGCAGCCUUCGAGAAACACAAGGCUGCCAACAGCGAAAAGAAGCACAAACGAGCUGCCACUUUGAUGGAUGAAGUCUGCGCGCUCGCAGAGCAAGGUCUGGCCCGUGGCUCGGACGUCCCCAGCACCGACGAUGUUGUGCGCGACUUCUUCGUCCACCGACUGCGGUAUGUGGAGAGGUUGUUGUUCCAUGCUUACGACUUCCUCAAACAGCUGCAGGCUGAGACAGAUUACGCACCGCAAGCUAAAAUGGGGAUCUUGCUUGAGGCGAACGAUCUCUGGAACGAGGCGCUUGAAGGGGUGUUCCAGUUCCGAAUGGACAAUGCUGCUGCGUACGGUAUCUUACCGGAGUCUCUGCGCGAUGGUAUUCUCACAGACGCUACUGAGUAUGCCGAGCUUCCGGGGUCGUGGACUAGUUCUGAGAUCAUGCUCAAGGCUUCAGUUGCCAUGUGCAAGAUUUCGCGGGCGCUUGCCAAUGAUGAGUACGAAAAGAAUGAGCAAGACCCGGAAAUGACUCGCUUGGUCCCUGAGGUUGGAAAGGAGAUACCCCGCCUGCUUCAGCUUAUGUGUCUCAUCUACCAGGAACGGAUCAACUGGCUUGCUUCUCGCCCCGACGAGAAGAACAGAGAGCUGGCGCAGAAGCUUCGAGCCAACUACGACGACACACGCUACGACCAGUUCCGCGGUCUGGCGGAUCUGGCACAGGCUGAGGCUGGGAUGAAGCUGGCAGAGAAGCACCACGACAUGAACACGCUCACGGAGAUGAUCGUCGCCGAGACGCAGUUCUCGCUCGAGGCGAUGCAGGAAAAUGCUUCCGACAACACGGCGAUCAUGCAGCACAUGGAUGCGAUGACGGCGCGUAUCGGGGCAUACUUCGAUCGCUUCGGCGAUGAUUGGGCCAAUGCGUACUUCGAUCAGGUCUUCUCGAGCGGACAUGCUGGUCCUAUGUUCAAUGAUGCGCAGGAGCAUUGGCAAGAGCCGCUGACACGGUACUUGCGCGCGGAGCCUAGUCGCGCGAAGCUGUGCUGGAUCAAUGAUGUCUUGGCCGACAAGGACUAUGUGCAUGCUAGCGAGGUAUUGUUGGACACAGCGAUGAAGCAGGAGUCUCAGAUCUGGCACAAGAAGGUGGAGCUGUCGAUGUCCAAGCUCGCGCUGCUGGCCAUGCAGGAGGGACUGGAGGCCGAUGGUGUUGGAAUGACUCAACACGACCUCAAUUCUUCCAUGCCGGAUAAAGAGCUUGAGCUUGUCAUGGUCCAGAACGAACUCUACGAGCAUCUGAGGCCCGAGAUUCAGAUCGCAGUGGAUGAGCAAGGCGCACUGGAGAUCACGAUUCAGCGAGUCGGCCUACGGAAUCAAGACCUUCAUAGCUUGAAGUCGCUUCUGCAGUCUGGCUUGGACCGCGUCCUGAAACAGUCGGUGCUCCCAGUAGAAGAGCUCAUCGAUGUCCUUACGCUUAUGGAGAGCAUCUUCCAAGAGGACCCCGAAGAGCACAACCUCGAAGGCGCGGAGUUCUUCCUAGCACUCAGAGCACUCAACGCAGCCGCGCCAAACAUGUCGCAAGAGCGAGUUGAGAUGCUUAUGCAGCUCAUCUGGAAGCGCUGUUAUAUCUACGACGACUGGGUCGACAUCAACAGCACGCUGAAGCAAUCUGGUGACGAGACGGAGGAGAAGCUGAAGAAUACCACGCCCUGGCGCACCAUCUACUACGCUCUCGACGCCGACUUCUUCAACCAACCCGACUGCUACGUCCGCCACUUGACUCCGAGCGAGUGCAUCGGCGCUGCCUGCGCGCGAGAGGACCUAGAAUAUCGAUGGGGCGACUCGGACGUGCUGGACGCCAUCAUCGCGGACAACAAAAUCCAGGACGAGCAGCUGCAGGGCUACAUUGAAGACCGCCGGCUCGAUGAAUGGGUCGAAGCUUGUGUGGCUUCAGCGAGAGGCGCUGUCGACGAUGCUGCGGAGGAGAAGGCAGAGGCGCUGAGGGAGGAGAGAGAGUUUAGCGAGUCCCUGUGGGUUAAGGGGAGGAAUGGGGGAGCAAAUGGGCAUGCUAAGGGUGCUGAGAUCAAGGUUGAGGAUGAGGAAGAGUAUGAUGGGGUUGAGGGGGAUGAGGAUGUGGAGAUGGGGUAG